ACUUCUGUCCCCCAUAAUUUUCUUUUAUUAGUUUUGGACCGCCUAUUUAUAUUCCCAAUUUUUUUCUUAAUUUUCCUUGAUUCUCUCUCAAGUUUCUUCUCUUUCUCUCUUCCAAGUGUCCAAAUUUUUGUUUUUCGAUUCUCUCUCUGCUUUAUGUUCGAUUGCGGGCAAAUUAGGCGAGAGAGAGUUCCAGGUCUCUAUCGGCACUGUCCCUAAGGAGACCUCCCUUCGUCUUCAUGUCUUUGUGAAGGCUUGGUUAUCACCUAUUCUCCAUCGGAGAGUUGUAAAUCACUGUAAAUAUUGGAUACUUAGCUUCUCUGUACAGUUGGUUAUGGAGAAAACCAACACCAAUGUGUCCCUCGAUGGGGGGCCUGUGGCUUUGAGGCGAAAACGUGCAGCUCGUUAUGCUGCAUACUUCUCUGGUUCAGCUCGAAGCCAACUGUCUCGCUCCAAAUCUAAGGGAAUUUAUGGCAAACCAUGCGAAAGAGAAUCAUUUAACAGUUGCAUCCAUGGAUUGCGGUGCUCUUCUGUAAAAUCCAUUGUCAAUAACUAUGAAAAUUUCCUAAAGAGUGGAUUGCCCAGGCGCUUGAUGUAUUUGUCAUAUGGUGACUGGAUUGACUUCCCUAAAUUUGCCGCUAAUUUGCUGAUUGAGGCCUUCAAAGUUAGAAACUCUGCGAUUGAAGUGAUUCUUGAUGGAUGCCUUUACUUGGUGGACUUUCUUCACAUGGUUCGAAUCAAUUUGGAAUCUGGGGUUCAACAAUCGGUUGCUUGGAUUGAUGAAUUUGACAAAUGCUUCUUCCCCAAACUCUUUUUUGAUGGUUCUGUUCUACCCGCUUGCUUGGUUUGCAAUGGCACCAGUGGCGAGAAGAAUAGACAUGGUGCUAUGAAUGAGAAUCGGGGAAUUGAGGUUAAAGUUGAGAUUGGGAUCAGUGGGGCCGAUAGCUCGAAACCAGAAGACUGGGGUGAGGUCUCUAUUUCACAUGUGAAGGCAAUUAAAGCACAGAAGAGUCUCCCAUCUAAUGAGCGCAGCGAACUUGAGCAAGACACUAGCACUACCAGAAACCCAUCAGCUGAUGCCAAAGAAGUUAUCGCUGAAAAUGGGGCAAUCCCACCUAUUGGAUAUGGAGAAUCAAAGUCGCCUAUCUCUGGAAUCCAGAACAGCAGUAACCGAUCUUCAGGUUCUAGGGAGAUCAUUAGAGAAAACGGGGCAAGCCCCCCUCUUGGAUAUGAAGAAUCAAGGUUACCCGUCUCGGGAAUCCAGAACGUGAUGCCAAUGGAUUGUGGGUUGGGCCACGAAAAGCUUGUUCGUUUGGACAGAGGCUGCAAUGACUAUGACAUGGUCCAGAAUAUGUUCGUUGCUGGGUUCGGUAUGUUCUUGACUGCAAGCAAUAUAGUGGGGAUUUACUGUAAUUCACCGACGAGUAGCUCUGUGCAGGCUAGGUUGCAAUCUUUUCAGAAGCAAAUUGAGAUCACAAAGAGCUAUCGUGGCAAUGCAAAUGUCCGGCAAGCAUGGCAUGGUUCGUUUAAGCUGGGUGUUUCUGGGAUCAUGCUCCAUGGAUUUGGGUUUGGGCAAAGCGGGAAGCCCAGGAAUGGAGUUGCUUAUGGCAUUGGCAUCUAUCUCUCCCCUGAGGACUGCUCUUACAUCAGUGCAAACUAUUGUGAUGUUGACGAAAAUGGUGUGCAACAUAUGGUGUUGUGCCGAAUAAUAAUGGGUAACAUGGAACAAGUCCAGCCAGGCGCUGAACAAUUCCAUCCUAGCAGUGAAAAGUUUGAUAGUGGCGUAGAUGAUCUUCAGAACCCGAAGCAUUAUAUAAUAUGGAGCACGCACAUGAACACGCACAUAUAUCCAGAGUAUGUCGUCAGUUUCAAGGUGCCUCCAAAUAUACAAGAGUACUGGGGUGGACUGAAAGGAACUUGGAGCCCAGUUGGUGUGCCUAGAGUUCCCUUGCGUGACAGCCAAUUGAAGCAUGAAGCAUCUUCAGUUGAUUUGGCAAGGGAUGGGCAGAAAUCAGAUAUACUUAAGGGAUCUGAGGAAAAGUUACAGGAAAAUGUCCCAAAAACUGUGAAAAUGCCAACUUCAGCGUGGAUGCCUUUUCCCGUGUUAUUUGCUGCUAUUGAGAAAAACAUAUCUCCUGUCGACAAAGAUUUGUUAGAUCGCUACUAUACUGAUUUCAAGACAAAGAAAAUAACUCGAGAAGAGCUUAUAAAGAAGUUGAGAUUGGUGAUUGGAGACAAAUUGCUUAUAUCUACAUUGAAAAAUCUCCAGGGCAGGAGAGCAGGAAACCAAGCUACAAAAGAAAAUCAUAACCAACAAGGAAAAGUGAAGAAAGGGAAUGAUGUGGCAUUUGAUUCUCCAGGCGGGACUUCUGAAUCCAAUGCAUAAAGCUUCUUCACCUUGAAGUAGAAAGGACCGAAUGGUGUGGGAGGCGGCAGAAGUUUCUUUUACAUGGAACAAGGUAUUGUUUGUGCACAAGCAGUUUUAGGAUGAGUUAAUGUCUGAAAUCUGUCCUUCGUAUUAUUAAUUAAUUAUCUUAUGUACCAUAGUUUGAUAGGUUUUGAGCAGUGGAGAUUACCAACAACAAAAGAAUGUGUAUCCCUUAGGCCUUUUACUUGUUUUAAGGUGUGGCUGCAGCUUAUAAUUUUUAUGGGCAAACCAUGGCUAAUGCUGUAAUAAGAAUUUGUCGACUUCAUUUACUGCUGCUAGCUACUCACAUGUUGAUGGCUAUUUUACAUUAUUAAGUUGAUAAUGGCUUUACCUUCCAA